UUGAAGAAAAGGAUCGGCUUGUGAACUUGCCUGUCUCUCAUCUGGAUGUUCUCAGGCCAUUGAAUCUACCAUUUGAACACAAAUCCUUUUCUUUUUGUAUCCCAAGAGAUAGAUGGGAUAAAGAGUUCUUCAAGCUCCAGGGUGGGUAAUUAUAAUUUGACAGAUUCGUUGAAUUGAGGAAGAUUUUGGUAAUAUAAAGAUCGAUAUUUUUAGACGGGUUCUCCUCAAGGCUCCACAUUGACAACAAAUAUGGCCAGGCUUGUUGAUGGUUCAACUGCACGCAGGGAGGUUUCCCACAUUGAUUGUUUGUCUGUUUAUGUCAAAGAGCUAAUAGCUGGUGGUGCUGCUGGAGCUUUUGCUAAAACUACAAUUGCACCUUUAGUACGGAUUAAAAUACUCUUGCAGACAAGGACUGAUGGUUUCCAAUCUCUUGGGGUGUAUCAAUCCUUAAAGAAGGUACUAAAGCAUGAAGGUGUUCUUGGAUUUUAUAAGUUAACAGAUUAUUUUACCAUUUUCCUCUAUCUCUGCUCUCCCAUAGAAGUUAGACUAAAGCACUCAUGCAUUAGUUCUUAUGGAAGAUUUCUCCUUGGAUAUAUUGGAUUACUGAAGGAAAUGAAAGUUGUGGACACCAGAACAAAUUUCGGGUGUGGUGCAAGAAGUUUAUAUCCUCAACCUGCAUACAGUGGCAUAACAGAUGUACUGACAACUGUUUACAAGGAAGCAGGAAUACGUGGAUUAUAUCGAGGUUUAUGUCCAACACUCACUGGGAUCCUCCCUUAUGCUGGUUUAAAGUUCUACAUUUAUGAGGUACUAAAGACGCAUGUUCCUGAAGAGAACCAAAAGUCCAUUGUGAUGCAUCUCUCUUCUGGAGCACUCGCUGGGUUACUUGGGCAGACCUUCACAUACCCAUUAGAUGUUGUAAGGAGACAGAUGCAGGUUGAAAGUCUUCAGCCUUCAACAAUUCAAGGUGAUACGGUAUACAGAAACACAUGGGAAGGGCUUGCUACUAUUGUCCGGAAUCAAGGCUGGACACAAUUGUUUGCAGGCUUGAGCAUUAAUUAUAUCUAGGUAGUUUAAAACUCAGCAAAAAAUCAACCGACUUGUUAACAUUUGCGGAUUUUUG